UAAUUUCUUAUCGUCAUAUGACCUAGCCUGGUAAAGUCGUGUCGUGUGUAGGCCAUAUUGUCAGUGGGUUUUCCAGUUUGGUGGUGUGUUCACUCAAGAAUUUUGUCCAUUUAGACCUGUAAAUACUCUACAAAAAUGUCUGAAAAUCCAACACCAAUUUACGCACCUUUCUUCGGCGUUAUGGGGGCGUCAGCAGCGAUAAUUUUCAGCGCGCUGGGUGCCGCUUAUGGAACGGCUAAGUCUGGAACCGGUAUUGCUGCCAUGUCGGUAAUGAGGCCUGAACUUAUCAUGAAAUCCAUCAUCCCCGUAGUCAUGGCGGGUAUUAUAGCCAUUUACGGGCUGGUCAUAGCUGUGCUGAUUUGCAGUUCCAUACAACCAGGCACAUACACCCUCUACAAGGGUUUCGUUCAUCUUGGCGCUGGACUUGCCGUAGGAUUCUCUGGAUUGGCAGCAGGUUUCGCCAUUGGCAUAGUUGGAGAUGCAGGAGUUAGAGGAACUGCUCAACAACCCCGUCUGUUCGUCGGAAUGAUACUUAUCCUCAUUUUCGCCGAAGUAUUAGGUCUUUACGGUCUCAUCGUCGGUAUCUACCUUUAUUCGAAGUAAAUUUUUUUAAUUUAUUCAUCCCAUUCCUCACACUCUCAAUCUUCCCCCGCCCACCAACAUCCGUUCAGUUCCUCAACAAACCAGAGAAGAAAUAGCCACAAGAAACUAUCAGAAGUUAGCAGUCGCCUGUAUCAUUUUAUUGACGAUCAGUUUUUUAAGUUAGAAAAAGAUGUUUGUCUGUCAAAGUGUAAAAAUAUGUAUAAAAUGGCAAAGCUUUGAUUGAAUGACCUCUAAACGAUUGUUGUUAGUCGAAAUAUAAACGAUGAAUUCGCUGUGUAUAUAAUUGAAAGGUACACCCUCGUUAUUUUCGGUUAGUUUGAAGAACAGAAUAUUUGGGAGAACCAUUUCCAUGAGAAAAGGCAAAAUAUGUUGGUCCAUUCAAUAAAAAGUAUUCCUUAAGCAAAUUGUAUUGUAUAGUCAUUAUGUUUAUAUAAGUAGAUAGAUUUAUAGGUUUCAUUAUUUGAUAUAAUGAUUAUAUCCAAUUUGGCUUUAUUGAGCCACAUUUAAAAUAAUGAAUAAAGUUAACAUAAAGAAGCACAAUUAUUUUCAGUUCUGAAAUUUUAUUGUUCUGAUUUCUCAUUCAUUCAGUAAUUGAUGUUGUUUUUAAUUUAAACUCUCUUUUAAGGGCUACAUAUCAUCGCAAAAUUGUUUUUAUUUCAAUUUGUAGCUUUAGCAAAGUAUUAUUGUUCAAGUUUUGCUCAUCGUUCCCAACGAUCAUACAUACAUUAAGAUAUAAAGGAGUUUUAUUCACGAAACGUAAUCGAUCCCUUCUAAAUUCCAAUGUAUCACCUUUCGGUUAUUGGUCAAAACAAAAGACUGUUUGGUCAGUUUCGUUAGAUUUUGAUGUUGAAUUUUCUGACCAGUAACCUUUCAUAACAACGUGGAAUAUGUUCAACAUCUUGGUAGAAUAGCAGCCAACAAAAAUAGCAUUUUUAUCUCUGUUUAAUGUGAUGCUACUUCUUUGCCUAUCAUAGUUUUGUGUCAUGUGGCUCACUUCAGGUCAGGUCCCAUUCGAUUUCUAGAUCAAUUGUAAUUGUUCAAUCAACACUUGUUAACGAAACAAUAGCUCUGAUUCGUAUUUUUCUAUGUCCCGUGAAUGUUAGGGAGAGAGAGUUGACAAAAUUUUUGUUCAAGUAUAUGAUUUGUACAUUCCAUUACUUCUGCCUUAGAGAAUCUUGUUUGUUGUUUAUAAUUUUGACAAUAUGCAGAGAAAAUGUAAACUUGUAAUCAGAACAGAAUUCUUGAGAUAUUAAAAACAUAGAUCUA